AUGUCACGCGCAUCCUCUGCUCCAUUAGAGUCCAUGGAUAACAUUAAGGCAUGUCUCAAAGGUUAUUCCCGCCUCCUUAGACGUGAUUUCUUAGCUAUUCUUGUGAAGAUGACCGCAAAAGAAUUCGGAAUCAGAACUGUUAGAUGCGAUUGGAGAACAAGGAAAGGUAUGUUUGCAUUCCUUCAGGGAUCAUGGGAAAGGUUCCAUCCUCUUCUUAAUCAACCAACUGUUUUUAAUUGGUAUUGCACAAACUUUGAUUCAGCCGAGAAGCUCUUCUCCAACAGAAAGUUCGUCAUGUUUAUUUAUGCCAAUUGGAAACAAUAUGAGUCAUUUUUGACCAAUCCAAAUACAAUUCUUUGCAUCAAAUCCCAUUCUAACGGUAUCGAAACCCUUAUUAACAGCCCAUCUGUUCCUAAAGGUUUCGAUUGGCUUGAAUCAGAACCAGGAAAGUCAAUCCUCGAGAUUGUUCAUCACUUUAAGAAUGGACAAGCAGGAAAAUUUCACCAAGAUGACAUAGAAAUUGCUUCCUCACCAGAAGAACAGACUCCAGAACCAAUGAAAGAAUUGCAGCCAGAACCAGAACUUAAUUUACAACCAGAAGCAGAUGAAGAUCAUAUCGACCUCGAAUACGCUUUCUUCUUAUAUCCACAAGACUAUAUGUUCGUAGACUUCAAAAAACCCAUGCAGAUAACACAUAUUGACGAUCCAUUCCUUAUGGAUGAAUAUUCACUCUAA